AUGGGAUCCAGUUCUUUCCCACAGCCUAACUCAAAUUGGUCAGCUGAGAAAAACAAGUUGUUUGAAAAUGCUCUUGCAAUAUACGACAAGGAUAGCCCAGAUCGUUGGCGAAACAUAGCCAGGUUUGUCGGAGAAACAACCGAAGAGGAAGUGAAGAAGCAGUAUGAGAUCCUUCUGGAUGAUAUCAAGCGAAUUGAGUCAGACCAAGUGCCACUGCCAAAUUACAAGAAUCAUGAAGAAAGCAUCAAGGAAAACAGCAUCGUAAGCUAUGAAGGGGAUAGGCUCCAGCAGCUAAAGCUCUGA